AUGCUGAUUAAACCGACUUAUAUUUGGCCCUGCUAUUUAAUAAUUGCACUAAGUGAUAUAGUGAGUGGUCAGCUACACAAUCCAUUGUCACAUUAUAUCGAGGGACGCCUUGGUAACAGAAAAAUUUGGUGGUGUCCAUCGGGAUACGGAUAUUUGGCUUACUGUCCACAGCCAACAGAUUGGGAUAGCUACAAUUGGUGCUGUACAUGGCCAUAUUUAGGCUCAUGGAAGCCAUCUUGCUGUCCAUUUGCUAUUCCAACUGGUGCAUUAAUUGCUAUUAUUAUUGCUUCACUUAUUUUAAUAGCUUUGCUUAUUUUCCUGUCCUGUUGGUGUUGCUUCUGUUGUCCACUUUAUAAGCAACUUUAUGAUAUCGAUGAGAAGGAUUAUGAUGCAAGGCGCUAA